CUAGGAUAGAGGCAUUACUUUCCAGGCUACUGCCACGUCGACCGAAUUCGGCUAUAAAACCUGGAUGAAUGCAAUGGUUAAAUCAAUCAUUUUACAAGCGGCAACAGUCAGCUCUUCAGCAUGCAAUCGCACAAGUUUUUUUUGGCUAUGUUGGUCGUAGUAAUGGUCUCACUGGCUACUGCUGCACCCGUUCCCGGAUACAAAAUGGGAUCGGAUCCUAAUGCUGAAGCCCCAUUGCAUCGCAACAUCAAAAAAGAAUACGGAAAUGAAAAACGGAACGAAGCUUUGAAAAACUCCAACGUUAAAUUCGUUCAAGCAGAAGAAAAGGCUUUCGCCGCCAAAAACCCAUCAGCUGCAGUUAUAGCCCCAGCAGUAGUUUCGGCUAAGAAGCCAAUCAUAAUUGAAGCAAAACCAAUCGGAGUAGUAGCACCGGAUCGCAAAUGUCCUCCGCCAAAGCAAAUGGAUCCAAUGGGAAAGUGUCGCGAACCUUGGGGCCGCUGAAACUGUUGAGGUACAUAAAUUCACAUUUAAAACUAACCUAAAUUUCUCAAGUUUCAAAUAUUUCCAUACAUUUAGUUUUGAAUUUCAAAAUGCUUGGCUUGGAGGACAAUAUUGGAGUCAUGUCUACCCAGUCAUGUUUACCGAGCACUGAAUACUAUUCAAUAUUCUAAACCCCAUAUUCUAAACGCCAAAAACCCACCAGCUGCAGUUCCGGCCCUAAGAAACCUUCUUUGGGCUAAAUUUGCAGACACAUCCGCCACAGCUGAGGUGUAUUGACUUCACACGUCCAUCCAUCCGGAAUACCCUAAUUCUCCACUUCUACUUUUCCGUCAUGUAACCCACUAUAUUACUUGAUUUGCUGGCCACUCCAGAAUAUUCCAUUAUUAGCAAUACUGAAUUGAUUUGCCAAAAUAUAUUUUACUGCAUUGCACUUGAUUGAUUCACUUUUGGUUGAAAUGCAGUCAUGAGAAACUAUGAGCAAGCUGGGAUUCAUAACUAAAAUUUCA